GAUGGAGAUGGUGCUGCCGCCAACGGAGCUGGCGCUGGGGGCUCUGGCACUGGCGACACGGCUCAGGGUGGGAAGGAUGUUGCAGCGACAGAGGCGGACAUCAACUCGGAGCAUCGGCGAAAGGGCCUGCAAUUCGCAGAGUCCGCCUUCUUGCCGCACUUGGACUGCAUGCGCAUCAUCAUGGUGCCCAUCAUGCAGAUGUUCAGGGCCUUCGACGAGCUCGGGGGCGACGCGUGGGAGGAGCGCCAGAGGUUCUUAGAGGCAGACGCCCUUCGACGAGGCGUCUCUUUGGACGUUGCAGGAAAUGUUCGGACCUACCGCAUGGUGGUGUGCGCCGAAGGGACAAUUGAGAAAGAGUUCUUCACGAAGCUCAAGUUCUUGUGCACAGAUGGUCUUGCUGCCGCGCUGGCUGCGGACAAGGAUUGCUUGGCUGACGACUUUUGGAAAGAUUUCAAGCGGGACAACCCUGAUCUGUCAUCGCCUAUUGCAGUGGCGCGCCUGGCACUUCUUGCGUUGAUGGCGAUCCCGAGCAUUGUCAGGAUUGAGGCGCUGCACGGGUCCAUUCGGCAGAUACUCAGGGUCAUGUCGUUUACCAAUGUUGCUUCAUUCUUGGAGGCGUCGGCGGCUUUCCUGCAGAAACGGCUCAGGGCGCGCGAACGCAAACUGCCGCUCGUCCGCGAAUGCUGGAUCCCGAACGCUCGCAUUCACAAGCCCGACAGCUUCGAGCCGACUCAGAAGAAACGCCGUGGUGGAGGAGGGGCGUGGCGCGCCUUCGUCUCCAUGAGCGAUAAGGGUUUCUACAGGGACUUCGCGGCACUGGCCGAGAGGUACAGGAACAUGACGGAAGGGCAGCGGGCUGAGGACAUCGACGGCUCCGACUCGGCGUCCUUGUGUACUUUGGCUGGCGCAGUGGCCACGCGCAGCGAGACUUGGAGUGAGGGCGAGAAGCUUGCCAGACAAGCCAAGCAGGCUUUGUCGUGCAGAUCGUCCUUUCAGAG